AUGUUUGGGAAGUCGACAGCACAAUUGUGGCUCAUGUGCUUCCAGGCGCUUGCUAUGGCUAGUGCACCGCGAGACUCGCCACGGUGCAUCAUGUAUUUGACCGGGCAGCAUGAUGUUAUACCCGAAAGCGCAGAUUUGAGAAAUGGCAUAACUCAUGUCAUUCUCGCAUUCAUGCGCUCCGAGACCUUCAACAUGGAACCGGGCCAAGUCGAAUUCCCACUUUUCACCUCUGUAAACGAGGUGCGCCAGCGCUUUCCGUCCACCACCAAAGUGUUGGUUGCUAUCGGAGGAUGGGGAGAUUCUGUGGGGUUUGAGGAAGCCGCAAAAGAUGCGACAAGCCGAAGUCUAUGGUCCUCGAAUGUGAAGCAAAUGAUCGCGACGACGGGGGCAGAUGGCAUUGACAUCGAUUGGGAAUAUCCCGGCGGUAACCGGGACGAUUACAAGAGCAUCCCCAAUAGCCAGCGCGAAUGGGAAGUGGAUGCCUAUCCUCUCCUUUUGCGUCAGCUCCGAGUGACAUUGGGGAAAGAUAUCAUCCUAUCAAUCGCUGUACCUGGGCUCGAGCGUGAUUUAAUGGCGUUUACAAGCGACACGGUUCCAAGAAUCGUGGAGCAAGUCGAUUUUAUCAACAUCAUGACAUAUGACCUUAUUAAUCGCCGAGAUACAGUGGUCAAACACCACAGCGGAAUAGCAGACUCAAGAGCAGCCGUGCAACGCUAUCUCGAUCGAGGUGUGCCGAGAGCCAAGACUAACCUGGGGCUGGGGUAUUAUGUGAAAUGGGUCAUGACAGAAGACUGCAAGAAAGGGGAUGAUAUUUUGCGGUGUCCCACGCAGUUACUGGAAGACCCGGAGACUGGCGACGAUCUUGGCAGGAUAGCCGCCUUCAGCUGGCAUGACACGGUACCUGAUGAGGUGGGCGAGUCAUUCUCGAGGGCCCUUGCCGAUGGCCAGUACUUUGAAGACGGAAGUUACGGAUACUGGGACGAGCAUGAGCGUCGCUGGUGGACAUUCGACCCCCCACGGGUGAUUGAGCGAAAGAUGAAGGACUUGGUUGGAUCGAUGGGGCUUGGUGGGGUUUUCGCCUGGGGCUUGGGCGAGGAUGCGAGCGACUUUACGAGGCUUGCAGCGACGGUCCAAGGUGUUCGUGCCUUGCUUAGCUCUGAUGGAGGAAAAGAUGAGCUUUGA